AUGCAGAAGCUUAAAGUGCUAUCAGUUCUGUUCCUCUCAAUGUGCCAAUCUGCUUUGUCUUAUACAGAUGGCUUAUUACCCAAUGGUGACUUUGAAGUAGGACCAAAAGCCUCACAAAUCAAGGGCACGGUAGUAACAACCCACGACGGUAUUCCAAAUUGGACAAUUUCAGGUUUCGUAGAAUACAUAAAAUCAGGACAAAAACAAGGUGACAUGCUUUUGGUUGUACCAGAAGGUGCUUAUGCUGUUAGGCUUGGUAAUGAAGCGUACAUUAAGCAAAAAGUGAAGCUUAAUAAAGGUGCAACUUACUCAAUCACUUUUAGUGCAGCACGUACAUGUGCACAAGAAGAGAAACUUAAUGUGUCUGUGGUUCCAACUAAUGAGAAAAGUGAUUAUGGGAUAAUUCCUAUUCAAACUAUGUAUGGUAGUAACGGUUGGGAAUCGUUUGCCUGUGGGUUUAGAGCUGAUUAUCCAGAAGGUGAAAUUGUGAUACAUAAUUCUGGUGUUGAAGAAGAUCCUGCUUGUGGUCCUCUUAUUGAUUCUGUUGCUUUGAAGGUUUUGAAUCCACCACAAAGAACCAGAGCAAAUUUGUUGAAAAAUGGAAACUUUGAAGAAGGACCUUAUGUGUUCCCAAAUGCUUCUUGGGGAGUAUUGAUUCCACCUCACAUUGAGGAUGCUCAUGGUCCAUUACCAGGAUGGAUAGUUGAGUCUCUCAAAGCAGUAAAAUACAUUGAUUCAGAUCAUUUCUCAGUCCCUGAGGGAAAAAGAGGAAUCGAACUAGUUGCAGGAAAAGAAAGUGCACUUGCACAAGUAGUGAUGACCACAAUUGGAAAAGUUUAUGUCCUCACUUUUGCUGUUGGUGAUGCCAAUAAUGCAUGUGAAGGUUCCAUGACAGUAGAAGCAUUUGCAGGUAGAGAUACAGUUCAAGUUCCAUAUCAAUCUAAGGGUAAAGGAGGUUUUAAACUAGGCAAACUUCGAUUUACCGCAACCACGACACGUACUAGGAUUAGGUUCCUAAGUACAUUUUAUACCAUGAAGAAUGAUAACUCUGGUUCUCUUUGUGGACCUGUUAUAGAUGAUGUGAAAUUGCUUAGUGUUCGAUAUCCCAACAAGCACAUCUAA